AUGCAAAGGGCAACCGUGGAGAAUGACGAGGAAACGCUGGGCGUGCUCACAUAUUCCCUUUCACUAGUGCAAUCUGCGGGGAACAGCCCAGGCGCAUUGCCAUUACAGAAAGAUACCAACGCGCUGUAUUCUUACAAACCACUCAGACCGGGGACAAAAGACAUCCGCAUCCUGAUACUGUAUCCGGAUCAUGAUCCAGAAGCAGAGAUACGAUGUGACCUUUUCCCCCUUGAGCAUGAAUUCAUGCGAGAAAACGGAGUUGAGAGCUUCCCCUACAUGGCGCUUUCGUACACAUGGGGAAAUCGCGAUCCCCCCAGGUUCAUAUCUCUUGGAGGCAAACAGAAGCAAGUCACGUUAAAUCUCUACAGAGCACUGCUCGAGUUCCGUGAUCCGACCAUGCCUUCACUGCUGUGGGUGGACGCUCUUUGCAUCAAUCAGGAUAGCAUUGAUGAGAAGAAUCACCAAGUCAAUAUGAUGGACGACGUAUACAAAAAUGCUGGUUGCGUUCUGAUAUGGCUCGAUGAGGAG